AGUAAACCAUUCUCAAGCUGCUGCCGGGUGGCUUUAACGCAAGAUGCUGAAAGUGUUCCAAUCGUCGUCCACCCUGCUGGGGCAGCAGCUGAAAGCGCUGGUUUCGGUCCGACACUACGGCAAACCGAACAAAAGUUCCUCUACAAAGAUGGCAUCCUGAAGGACCAGAUUUAUUACUACCCACGGGACAACAACCGUGAACUACCUGCGCUGGAUGGAGAACCUUCGAAACUGUUCAGCGUUCGUCGAAUGAAACCAAUCAAAGGGCUGCCGUACUGGGAAAAGCGGAUACUGCGCGGCUUGGGACUGUAUGAGAAAAAUGCGGUCGCCGUGGUAAAGAACAUCCCGGAAAAUAAUGCCCGUCUGUGGAAGGUGAAGCAUUUGGUGGAGAUACUUCCGAUCACGUACCGGUACGGACCGACGGAGGCCGAUAUCGAGCGAACGUUCCUGAAGGAGGAUGGCGAGUGUGUCGUGAUACGCAAGCUAGAGGCAGCGGAGGUGACCAACACGAAACUGUCCGCUGCGGAGCAGCUUCGUCACGCCAAAGAUCGUAUGGACGGGGAAACGUUACGAAAAGAUUCUCGGCUCAAGUGGUUGAAUGCGUGGUAAGGGAGGGUGGCAGCUUAGCGGGAUGGCCCUUGGCCCGUUUGUAGGUAGUGCGGAGGAGGAUUAAGUGACGUUUAAUAUAAGGAACAUUUAAAAA